UCUCACAGUUGUCCUUUUCUUCUUUCCUCCAUCCUUUACUCAUCUCUCCUGUCAUCACCUUCGUUCACAUUCACAUCAUGAAGACCUUCUCUACUCUUAUUGCUGGUGCUCUUCUCUUGGCUGCUCAGGUCAUUGCUUAUGAAGCUCCUAAGGAGCUUGUUAUCGAUGUCGUCAGCAAGCCUAAGGACUGCACGAAUCUUUCCAAGGAUGGCGACAAGCUAUCAAUGCAUUAUACUGGCACUCUUCACAACGGUGGUUCCAAGUUUGAUUCCAGUCUGGAUCGCGGCCGUACCUUUGAUUUUUACCUCGGCAUUGGCCAGGUGAUCAAGGGAUGGGAUCAGGGAUUGAAAGGAAUGUGUGUAGGAGAGAAGCGCAAGCUGAUAAUUCCUUCUAACUUGGCAUAUGGUGGUCGAUCCAUGGGCUCUGCGAUCCCUGCCAACUCUGCUUUGGUCUUUGAUGUUGAAUUGGUCGGAAUUAAUGGCAAGGAUGAACUGUAAAAGAUAUAAAAGGAUAUGCAGGACAAUAAAGUCCCCCCCCCCCUUUUUUUUUUUU